AUGAGCUCGGCGAACGAAUCCACCGGCCUGCGAACGUUCAGUGGUGAUACUGAGGACGCCAAAGAGUAUAAACGUUGGCGGACAUGGGUUACAAACAAGAUCCUCACCCUCGGCGACAAGGUUCCCGACAAUGCCAAAGGUGCUUAUGUUUACACUCUACUUGCUGGAAAAGCUUUGGAAUGUGUUGAGCACCUGGAGCAAUCUGCGUAUCAGAAAGCUGGAGGUGAAAAGAUCAUUUUCGAAUUGCUGGAUCAAAGAUUCCCUCAAAAAGACCAAUCUGAUGAAAUGUCGGAGGCCUUGACCGAGGUGUUCCAGUUGCGUGCCCAUGAAGGAGAAUCACUGAAGGCGUGGGUUUCUCGUGCCACCGAGCUGUUCGAUCGAGUAAAGAGGAAAGUCAAUGUGGCUUUCCCAGAAGAGGCUCGUGGGUGGAUCAUCCUCCACCGAGCCGGACUGACGGAAGAACAAAAAGCUGUCAUCCUCUCUCGAUCGCUCGGAGUGCUCAAGCGCGAGGAGAUCGGCAGAGCUAUGCGUUCCUGUUAUCCGGAGUUGAUCAUCGGCAAGAAACGUAAAGGAGGCGAAAGUGGUGCUGCCUUUGUGGAAGAUUUCGUGGCCAUGGUCGAGUCUCAAAGUUCUUGGCUUUCGUUGCAACUGUUGCGUGAGCGUCGGGAGGUGCACAAGACAGUCAACACUGCACCUGUCUCCUCCCCUACGUUGAACAUUGAGCAAUUGUUGGUCAGCUCCCCCGGAUAUGGCGUGUUGGACAGUGGUUGUGGUCGUUCCAUUGUGGGCGCCUUGACAUUGAAAGAGUUCGAACCACUGUGGCAAGCCCGUGGCUGGACCAUUCCAGUCCCCUUUGCCCAGACGAAUCACCUCAAGUUCGGCAAUGGCCAGAAGGAGACGACGCAGCUGUCAGUCCGAGUUCCAGUACAACUUGGGGGCCGCCCAGGUACAAUCAAAGCUGCCAUUGUUCAGGGUUCCGCUCCAUUGCUGAUCUCACGAAACGCCCUGAGGACUUUGAAGGCCGUGAUUGAUUUUUCUGCCAGUGAGCUGAUCAUCUUCGACGAGCGCGUCAAGGUCCCCUUGUUGACAAAUCAAGCGGGACAGUUCACAGUCGAUCUUUUGGGUGAGCAAGAUGUUGCUCUGGAACCUUUUGCAGAGGAACUCAGCCUGGCCGUUGAGACGCUACCUGUCCACCAGCUCCGUCAACUGGAGAGUCAGGAAGAAGCAACUCAGCUUCGCGCCUUGUUUCGCAAGGCCAUGCAACAUGGCAUCGAGCCGGUGGAAGCCUUGGGAGGUUUUCCCCAUGUGGAUGAUUUUGAGUUGGUGGGCACCAUGUCGGAUGCCGCAAAGCGCCAAUCCGAUGGUCAAUAUCCAGUUCAUUCGAAAGCCAACCGCAAGCUGCCGAUGCCCAUGCCCUCAACCAGUGAAGAUGUUGACAAGCAGGAUGGUUGCUAUGCCACGAGUGCAACAAAUUUGCCGUAUCCCUCCUCUUCCGAGGUGCCACUGCCAAAUUCGAGUCUCCCUCCUUUUCCUCCAGGAGUGACCAAUACAGAGCAGUGGGGCCGAUCGAUCAUCAACUUCGGCAAAUACAAAGGAAAGAACAUCUCAUACAUCGAGCUCCUUUCCUCCACCAGUGAGGAUAUGCGUAGUUAUGUGAAAUGGUGUUCUUCCCGACAGAGCACUGCAGGUGGUGAAUUGAAAGACCUCACCUCUUUCAUGCGCCGCUACGAGAUGGAAAAUUCUCACAGUGCACUGAUUCGUGGAGAGUUGAUUCCAGGAACGACGGCCCGACGAAGUUUCAAGUGA